CUCAAAAUGAAGUGGGAUUGAUACCCUCCCCACUUCAUGACAAGGCCAAGGCUAAUGACCCCUUAGUCACCCCGCAGACACAAUUAGACCAAACUAUGCUCUGUACGUUAGAUGUGUCUGAAGCCUUAGAAGACUCAGAGAAUGAGUGGUCAAACAAGGACCCUCGUGAGUCUUGGGUGGCACUAAGGAAAGGUCCUAGAGGGGAACAUUUCAUGGUGGAAGUCGAUGUAGGAGGCCGCAAAUGUGGUGCCUUCAGAGACAUAGGCUCCACGCGUAAUUACAUAAGUUGCGACUGUUUGGAAAGGCUGCACCUACAGGACCGGGUACGGCACCUUAGUAGACCAGUAGCAUCUACUUUGGCCAACAAGGAGCGCAUGAUUGUAACGUACUACAUCAAGGACGUAGUCUGUACCUUCUCCUAUGGAGGAGGAGAGCUUCACCAUAAGAUCUCGUUCUUGGUUAGCGACGACAUACCAUUUGACAUGUUGUUAGGCAUGUACUACCUCAAAGUUGCUAGGCCCCAGUUCGACGAGGAUAAGAAGGUGCUCAAGCAUAAGUUGCCCGAUGGCCGAACUGUCAGGUUGACUAAGUUCAAAGCCAACAGUAUUGUAGAUACCUAUGGCUGCUUGUGUGCAUCGGUGUUCUAUAAUUACGACAAGCAAAACCAAGAGGAGGGUAUGUACCUUGUUUAUGUCUCUGAGAAGGGGGAGGCCGUUAGAACACCCCCAGAGAUAGAACGCAUUGUUGCUAAGUUCCCUGAUCUGUUCGAGGAGCCCACAGGAGUUGUUGAAAGGAAAGUCGUCCACGCUAUAAAAAUCAUUCCAGGGAGUAAGACCCCAAGGGGAAGGAUCUAUAGGAUGGCCCCCGCCGAGUUAGAUGAACUUCCGAAACAGCUUAAGGAGCUGACAGAGAAGGGUUGGAUUCUGCCUAGUACUUCCCCUUACGGAUCACCCGUUUUGUUCGUACCUAAGAAGGGGGGUACCUUGAGGAUGUGCAUUGAUUAUAGAGGCCUCAAUGCCAUCACUGUGAAAAAUGCAGAGCCUCUACCGCGCAUAGACAACCUAUUGGAUAGGGUGCAGGGAUGCAAAUACUAUAGCAAGAUAGACUUGAAAUCCGGAUAUCACCACAUCGCAAUAAGACCUAAGGACCAACAUAAGACAACUUUUCAGACUCGUUAUGGUCUGUAUGAGUUUGUAGUGAUGCCCUUUGGUCUUUGCAAUGCGCCGGGUACAUUUCAGCACGCUAUGAAUCGGAUCUUCCAUGACCAUUUAGAUAAGUUUGUCGUGGUCUACCUAGACGACAUUCUGAUCUUUAGUAAGUCUGCCGAGGAGCAUGCAMARCAUGUUGAGACRGUWCUYUCACUMSUUCGACAYCACAAGUAUAAGGUCAACWUAGAGAAGUGUGAAUUCGAUCGCACUAAGAUACUAUACUUGGGUCAUGAAGUAUCCGCGGAGGGAAUUAGGCCGGAAGAUGCGAAGGUGGCUAGUAUUCCAGAUUGGCCACGGCCUCAAACAGUCACUGAGGUCAGAUCAUUCUUAGGAAUGUGCGGCUACUAUAGAAACUUCGUUAAGAACUAUUCUACAGUCGCCUCUCCUUUGACUGAUCUAACUCGACUUGACACACCGUGGGACUGGAGUGAUGAGUGCGAGGGUGCUUUCAAGAGAUUGAAGCAUGCACUCAUGAAUCAUGAAGUUCUCAUGGUUCCCAAUCCGCACAAGACAUUCAUAGUAACCACUGACGCAAGCCAAUACGACAUUGGCGCAGUGCUGGCUCAGCAGGAUGGGAAAAAGUUGAGACCGAUUGACUACAUAAGUAAGAAGAUGCCAUCAAAGAAGUUGGCUAAGUCCACCUACGAAAGGGAACUCUAUGCUCUCUACAAGGCACUUGUCCAUUGGAGACACUUCCUUUUGGGAAGAAUGUUAGAUGACGCAAAGAAGUAUGUCGAGACCUGUCAGGUCUGUCAGCGGGACAAGCCGCGAACUCAAGCACCACUUGGGUUGUUGAAGCCUUUACCUAUUCCUGAUGGUCCAGGAUUGAGUGUUUCCAUGGAUUUCAUGGACACCCUAGUGACCAGCAAGAGUGGUAAGAGGCACAUUUUCGUCAUCAUCGACCGAUUCACCAAGUACGCUAGACUAAUACCAAUGCCGGAGACAGCCAGGAUAGAAUACGUCGUCAAGUUGUUCAAGGACAACUGGGUAAGGGACUUUGAUUUACCAAAGACCAUCAUUAGUGACCGAGACGUCCGAUUCACAAGUGAGCUGUGGAAGAAGACUGCGGAACAGAUGGGCAGUCAACUUCAGAUGACUUCAGGGAAUCAUCCCGAAGCCAACGGACAGGCCGAACAAAUGAAUAGAGUUAUACAGCACUUGCUGAGGCAUUACAUCAAGCCCAGCCAGGAUGACUGGGAUGAGCAGUUACCUCUCAUCGCCAGCCUGUACAACAAUGAUAUACAUAAUAGUACCGGCGCUAGUCCUAACCAGCUGCACUUAGGAUGGAAGCCUAGAUCAGCACUAGACUUCCUCCAACCUGAAAACCGACCUGCUGCAACUCCAGGCACACUUGAAUACGGUGUGCAAUAUGAGAAGUUGCUGCAAGAGGCUGUUGAACAUAUGAAGAAAGCUCGGCAAGCCAUGAUUGCUUCUGAGAAUCAACAUCGCAGACAGUCCACAUUUCAAGUAGGGGAACGUGUUUGGGUCAAGGCUAGUGAGUUAGGACAGGAGUUCGGAAUAUCUCGCAAACUAAUGCCUCAGUACUUUGGUCCUUGGGAAGUCUUGGAUGUAGUGGGAGAUGAGUUGGAUGGUCCCACAUAUGUCAUUCGUGUCCCUGGACACCUACGCACUCACCCAGUCUUUCAUGCCUCAAAGCUUGCACCUUUCGCUGAGACUGAUCAAUUCCCUUCCAGGAGAUCGAUGCUGCCCCCAACCAUGGAUGGACAAGUCGAUAUCGAUGACAUUGUGGAUCACAGGGAUAUGCCUGUUCAGAUGCCGCUGGGUCGAGGAAGACCUCCUAAACCCAAGAGAGAGUACCGGAUCAGAUUCAGGCAUCAUACGGAUCCAAAAGAAGAUCGGUGGUUUAACCGGGAGGAACUGAUGGAAACAGCUCCUGAGGUGGUGGCAGAUUAUGAACGAAAGUUAAAAGGGAAGGCACCUGCGAAGUAAGCAUCUCAGCGGACUUUCGAAGCUAAGGGGGAUGGAAUGUGAGGAAUGAGCCCUCAAGAAGGGGCCUUGCCAUGAAGUACAUGUUCUGGGCUAAGGCCCCCAGCAAG